AUGGAUAGUUCAAACAUUUUGAUAGAUUGUGGAGGUAGCCAAAGGGAAGAUGUAGAAGUUGAUCACGGUGAUGGUGAUGGUGAUGGUGAUGAUUCACGUUGGGUUCCCGAAAUUGGAAUGUGCUUUUCUUGUGUAGAGGAAGUUAAAACAUAUUAUCAGCAGUAUGCUUUGAAAAAGGGUUUCGAAUGGAGGAUUAGGUCAUCAAAAAAGGGAGAUGAUGGAGAGCUCAACUACCUAAUACUUUCAUGUUCAAGAGGGGGAUCAACUGUUUCAAAAAUUUCAUGUACGUUAAAGACACUACCAUCUCGAGCGAAAAAUUGUCCUGCCAAGAUUUGUGUUAAAAUGAAAGAAGAUGGUUUGUGGUACAUUACACAAUUUGAAUCUAUCCAUUCUCAUGAAACUAGCCCUACGAAAGCAAGAUUGUUCAAGGCCAACAAGAAAAUGAACUUACACGUGAGAAGAACAAUCCAAAUCAAUGAUGAUGCGGGAGUAAGGAUCAACAAGACUUUUCAAUCGCUAGUUAAAGAUGCAGGCGGUCAUGAAAAUAUUCCGUUUUGUGAAAAGGACGUGAGAGAUUAUAUUAACAAAGAACGUCGUGCAAUUGGAAAAGAAUGUGAUGGUAAGACUUUGAUAAGUUAUUUUUGUAAAAUGAGGGAACAAAAUACAAAUUUCUUCUAUGACAUAGAUUUGGAUGAUGAUUUUCAUGUGAGGGAUGUAUUUUGGGCUGAUGCAAGAAGUAGAGCCGCUUACGAAUAUUUUGGCGAUGUUGUAACUUUCGAUACAACAUACUUGACUAACAAGUAUGACAUGCCUUUUGUUGCAUUUGUAGGUGUGAAUCACCAUGGUCAAUCAACAUUACUUGGUUGUGGAUUACUAUCAGGUGAAGAAACAGAUUCUUUUGUGUGGCUUUUCAAGUCAUGGCUUCGUUGUAUGUUAGAAAAACCACCUAUGGGUAUUGUGACCGAUCAAUGUAAGGCUAUGAAAAAUGCUAUUGAGUUAGUCUUCCCUACAACUCGUCAUAGGUGGUGUUUAUGA